AUGCCACCAAAAUCCACUCAAGCAAAACCAUCUCAGUUGACUCGCCCAAGAUCACAAUCAACUCAACCAAAACUAAACCUUACAAGAAAUUCAACUAGGCCAAGACUUGAUGAAUCAAAACCCAAAAGAACUAGCCGUGUCAACCCUUAUCGUCAUGAAACUCCAGGUCAACGUGCUCUUCGGGAAAAAAACGAAGCUCGACUGGAGAGAUCUUACCAACGAAUCGAAGCGUUACAUCGAGGUGAACUACCUAUGCCUUCAUCGUCUCGUGCGUUGGAAGCCCACCUUCAAUCUCAACAAGACUCAGGACAGGAAGAAGAAAGACAAGGAAUUGAAGGAUCUAACCAGCUGACCAGCUCGCAUUUGUGGGAUAACUUUGCUGAAGAAGACUCUGCCGAUUGGGAAACCCUAGAAGAAACACCUCGACCUGUUACAUCUCUAUCACAAAGAAUUUUUGAUUUCAACUCCCAACAUAAAAUUCAAGCUCUGAGAAGGAACUGGGAUCGUAUCAUACCACAACUCCACGGGGUUUAUAUGUGGCUCAAGUUCAAGACAGCAAAUUGGACGGCGAGCAACUCUUUUGACUCGUUUGAAGGGCAAUUCUGCAAUUGUACCCAAUUUAAAUACCGUACAGUAGAUUUUGUGGAUUUGAUGUCACAGAAACGAAUAAGACAAAAGUUUUGCAAUUGUCUACCCGAUGCAGUCCGAUUACUCACCCUGGGAUACAUAGGCAGCUCACCUAUCCGGCCACGGACUGCAAUAUCUGUUCGGCUUCUCCAGUUUCACGACUUAGCAUGGCAGUGGUGUCACGUGGCAACCCAACCCUUCACUGAGGUUGUAGCACGAUGGGUUGAAGUACGGUCAACAAAGUUAUGGAAUGAAAACCACACCAAGCGACGAGAUAUAAGAAAGUGUUUUUCUGCGGCAGUGGACAUAUUCCGUCUGAUGUUGCAGAAGACAACCGAACUGGUCAACACCUCUCUUCAGCUAACCAAAACCCAGAGGCUUGCAAAAUCGUGUUGUCCUGGGUGCUUUGGAACAAGUAUUUUGAAUGACUCUCAUAUUCCUCAACCAUCAGUGAAAGAUUCACUCAUCGUGUGCUUGGAUGGGAAUUUUCAACACAGACGACAUGCAAACGCUGGUGUGAAAGGGGUCCAAUUAGUCAACCCCCCAAUCUUCUUGAAACCUGAAGCAGUGGAGAACAUGCGGUCUGAGAUAGAGAAUCUUGGGAGGCCCGAAGUGUCGGAUCCUUGUUCUGAUUCACACAAAGCCGCGAAUGACAAACGGAGUGAAUCAACUUGGAAAGGAUGUGAUGAUACUGGUCUGAUGGGGUGUUGUUGCCGACAUGACCAGGUAGUCUACCUGGCAAAUAUCCACCGUACGGGUGAACAGAGAUCCCUCCCUGUGGCCAUCCUGAAGCAGCUGUUGGAAGAAGUUGACGGGAGACCCCUGGGGCGGGACUUCUUUGCAUUUCCAGAAAAAAAGGAACUAAUCAAAUUUGGGACCUCUGUUUUUCAUGCUUAUGUACAUGAAUGGAAGUGCCAAGUUGCUUACAACCCACGGUUCAAUGUUGGCUGGGGAUUAUCGGAUGGGGAAGGGCUAGAACGGCUCUGGUCAUCUCUAUCCCCUCUGGUAAGAACAUUGCGCUACUCAUCCCGCAACCAUCGCUUGGCCGCCCUAUCCCACCAGUUGCUGUGGCUGCGAAAGAAAUUCGGUGCGGCACAACUGGCAAGGAGAGAAGCAAAAGAAAAACUCAAACGCUUGUUACUUCUAUCGAACCCGUUUUCUAAUGGUGGCCGCACCAACUACACCAAACAAUUCUUCAUAAGUCAAUGGGAAAAUCAGGUCAAUCACCUGAAGCAAGUAUCCGACGAGGACACUGAGCAGCGGAAUAAGCUCACAAAGCUCAUAAAAAUGGAGAAGUCAUUGAAGAAACUCCGUGACAUGGUUGCCAAAGGAAAAUGGGAUAAUCGUGCUGAGAUCUUGGAGCGAUCUGUAGAAGAAAUUGAACAAGCAGAAGCAUCUCAGGUGGAACUGGCCGCGCAGUUGGGGUUUAUGUAUACUGGCGCUGGUACUGAUUUCGAAAAGGAGAAGAUGAAACUCCUUGUUUGGAGUAAAAAACGAGAGCUGUACACAAAGGCAGUUGAGAUUAUGGGUGUCCGUCAGCCCAUCUCAGAGUCACGAACCCGAGCAAGAAAUGUUGGCACAACAUUAAAAGAGAAGAUAUAUGAAUCAAUCAAUGGCCGAAAGGGAGCCGUUUUAAGAUUAAUCAACCAAUUUAACAAGGUCAACGAAGCAUAUUUAGAGAAGUACGACCAAGAAGCAUUGAACGAUCCCGAAUACAAAGCUUUGUCAUGGGACUUGUUUGCAAGUAAGAAGCUUGACGAUAUCUUCUGGAACGAGGCACAUUUCUAUCACUCGCAGGCGCCUUGGGCUGUGUCGUUGGAUGUACGCGAAGGGAUCAGGUCGUUUCUCAUGGUGGAUCGAGCAGAGGAAGAACUUGACCUCAUUGCACAAGAACUCGGCCGAGCAAUGACAUGGGCAGUUGAGUUGCACAACAUGCUUGACCAGCUUGCAGGCCAAAUAAAGGAUCUUUCCCCAAACACCACUGAAGUAGUGAUCCCAGCUCGUGUGGGGACUUUAAGUGCACAAACCGGGCAGCAAGUGCUGAUGUUCGAGCUGUACCUCCAGUUGGCAGAUCAUGUAAAGCUGAUGCGCUUGUGGGCUCCGGAUGUCGAUUGGCUAUGGGGCAAGACCCGCCUGCCUGGUAGCUCACACCGGUGGUUUGAGUUGGUGAGCAGUCUGGGCACCAAUCUGGAUGCAUCAGACAUGAUUGUCGAGGACCUAGAGCCUACUAUCGAUGAGAUCGAAGAGCAGCUCCAGGAGGAAGUGUUUAUAGAUGACGCCAACGACGGCGAGCUGGCUGGUGAUGAAGAGGUACAAGAAAUGGUCGGAGAUGCAAACCCAGACCAACCAAACGAUUAG